ACCGUCAGCUUCGUCGAGCUCGCCUGCGGCCGCGGGGCAAAUGGUGGACAACGGACGGCGGUGGAAGCGGGAUCGCCGGAUUAGAGCGCUAAGCGCGAUUAGUGACCUCGCGCUCGCCGCUUGGCCACCAAGCAAAGCACACGCACUGCCUCGGGACGCCGCGCACGCCCUCACUCACUCACUCCGCCCCAAACCCUAGCGACCCACCCCCUUCCUCCCUCCCCGGCGGCGGUCGAUCGGCCGCCCCGCCCGCCAUGUCCUCGCCGGCGCCGCACCUCGUCGACGAGAUCCUGGAGGAGAUCUUCCUCCGCCUGCCAACCCCGGCCGCGCUCGCCCGCGCCUCCACCGCCUGCCCUCGUUUCCGCCGCAUCGUCACCGGCCGCUCCUUUCUCCGCCACUAUCGCAAACGCCAUCCGCCGCCGCUCCUCGGAUUCGUCGACGAGAGCGGAUUCCACCCCGCCCAGGAACCCCACCCCUCCGCCCCGCUCGCCCGUGCCCUCGCCGACGCGGCCGAUUUCACCUACUCCUUCGUCCCCAAACACGGCGAGGGGCACGUGUGGGUCCCGUGCGACGCCCGGGAUGGCCGUGUCCUUCUCGAAGACGGGCAAUUUUGGGAGGACUUCAGAAACCUCGCGGUGUGUGAUCCAUUGUCACGGCGAUACGUGCUACUUCCACCCAUAUCGGAUGAGCUUGCUGCUGCCAGGGAAAAUCGCAAUGUUGAAAUCGUGCCCAUCCUAGCUCCCAUUGGCGAGGAGGACGAGGAUGAGACCUCGUUCAAGGUAAUAUGCUUUGCAGACUAUACAACCAAGCUGGUGACGUUUGUCUUCUCGUCCCUCACGGGGCAAUGGUGUAUAGCUGCAUCACCCAGCUGGAGUUCUUUGGGCACCGGCCGCCCCCAUGGGUUUCGCAACUUCUGCUCUUUAGGGUGCCGUGGCUUGUCAUGUUUUGACUACGUGCGCGGAUGCUUCACUCGGCGUCACCUUGGAUGGACAAGUUACUCAUGCUGGACAUUCGAAGAAUGGAAUUUUCUACAGUCAACGAUCGCACGGGCUACCAUAUGCAUCUCAGGUGUCUGCCUGGCCAGGCGGAUGAAGUUGUUGACAGAAACGAUAUGCCAUCCAGACGCCGGUCUGGCCAUACCAGAAGUCUUCCUCGCAUUGUAGUGGGCAAAGAAGGGACUAUUGAGAUGUUUUCUCUCGUUGGUGGUCACAGCCCAAAUAGCUCGUUUGGUCUCUAUCAUACAACUCAGCAAAAUAACUCUGAAUCUCCCAAGGAAUGGCAGCUAGAGAAUAUUAUACAGUUGCCUGGCCAGUAUCAUUAUUUCACCUUGGGCGCGGCUGAGGGAUUCUUAUUCCUUGGAGCCACUACAGAAGAUCAGCUGGACAUUGACGAAGACUCGCCGGUGUGGUUGUCAAGGACUGAUUGGGAUGUAGACUAUUUUUCUCUGGAUGUCAAGACUUCUGAACUUGUAAAGGUUUGUAGGAGGAAGAAGAAAUUCUUCCAUUAUGAAAAUGUUUAUUGGUACUUUGGCUUCCCUCCGUCGUUAUCAAAGCCGACUAUUUGAAGUGGGAUGAACUCGCUUUCCUUUUGGGGUCUUCGGGUUGGGCCAUGCAUCUGAUGCCUUGGAGGAGAACUGGAGGAUGGACAAGUUGACGCCGAUAAUAUUCUGGCUAGAUAUAGUACUGGUGUGUUGGUGUUUGUCAUUAGGAAUUAACCAUCGUGUGCUUUCCUAUGUCGGUAUUAAGCUCAUCUAAGCAAGACAAUGUAAGCAAGCUGAAUAUGUAAGAGUCGAACUGUCCUUUUAUGUUGGCACAGUUGCUGUGGUAUACUGUGGUUGUGCGCUUUGCCACUCUACUUCCUGA